UCACAUCACCUACAACCAUCCCCAAAGACAAAACUACUCCUUUCCCCAAUUAACCCCUCUCCCUUUGCUUCGUCUUCGUCAACCUCUUGGAUUCCCAAUAUCACUCUCUCUAACAAAAUUUAUGUAAGAGUCGAGAGAAGGAGCGGAGAUGGGAUCAUGUGUAUCAUCAUCCGUUGAGAAGAGGUCGACGGCCGUAAAGCAGGUGCCUUUCAAUGGCUCCGCCGUACCCCCUGACUCCGAGGACGAAAUGUUCUUCGAUUCACGGGCCUGGUUGGAUUCCGACUGUGAAGAUGAUUUCUUUAGUGUCGAUGGAGAGUCGAGUGGAACAACCCCUGUGCAUCACAAUUUCACCAUGAACAUCUCUUCAGACCAACUACUCUCAGUGUCCCUUGCCGACAGCAAGAAGAGACUGGUCGAGCUCUUCAGAGAGUCCCACGAAGUAGAUGCCGAUCACCUGGCAGCAGAGUCAAAAGUCAGAACGUGUCUGUGGCUGCGGACGCCUGCUAGAUCUUCCGCGCCGGCCACACCAACCGACAGCCACCGGAGGAUGAACCGCUGCGUACCGCGUUUGGUAUCUUGCAGUAGCUUCACCGACCGCCGCCGCAAGAUCAUUAGCCCCCCCGCCGUUGCUCCUCCACUGUAAUUCUUCUUUAUAUAUAUUUACAUAAUCUAUGGGUGUCCAUGCACGCAUAUAUAUAUAUAUAUAUAUGUGUGUGUAGUAUAGAGAGAGAAAGCAGAAGCAGGAGAGGCCGGGACAUUCGGGCAUUGAGGUCGCAAUUGAUGGCCAUGUGAAUUUGGGUGUAUAUUAUCAAGUUACGAAGAACACGCAAUGUACGGAAUGGGAAUGAAUGAAUCAAAAGAAGAAGAUACAACAUGGGUCUCUAUAGAAAGGACAUUUUGAAAUCAUACUGUCACCUCCACAAUCAUAGUCAUCAUAUCCACAUUCCUUUCUCCAUUACACUUUUUUUUAUUUUUAUUUCCAAGUUUCAAAUAAAAGCGGUGACAAUCCCAAGAAAGAAAAAAGAAAGGAGGCAUAACAACUUUUAAAGUGGAGAGGGAAUGCAUAGAGGCAGGAAGA